UUGGGGUUUCCCUUCUUUUAAGGAAAGAUAACAAUAGAGGGGAGAAGAGAGGGAAAAAGAAGGAAAGAGAGGGUCUGAAAACUGUGAAGAAUUGAUGGAGGAACAUCUCAGCCCGUUAGCUGUUACUCAUCUCCUUCAACACACACUAAGAAGCUUGUGCAUUCAUGAGAACUCUCAGUGGGUUUAUGCGGUCUUCUGGAGGAUCUUACCUAGAAAUUAUCCACCACCCAAAUGGGAUGGUCAAGCAGCUUAUGACAGGUCAAGAGGAAACAGGAGAAACUGGAUAUUAGUUUGGGAAGAUGGUUUCUGCAACUUUGCUGCCUCAGCAGCUGAAAUCAACUCCGGAGACUGUACGGGGUCCUCAGUCUAUGGCAGUUGUGAGUUUCAACACUAUCAAGGACUGCAACCAGAGCUUUUCUUCAAGAUGUCCCACGAAAUCUACAACUAUGGAGAAGGUUUGAUAGGAAAAGUGGCUGCAGAUCAUAGUCACAAGUGGAUAUACAAAGAACCAAAUGACCAGGAAAUCAACUUCUUGUCAGCAUGGCAUAACUCGGCAGACUCACAUCCUAGGACAUGGGAGGCACAGUUCCAGGCCGGUAUAAAGACCAUAGCCUUGAUUGCGGUUAGAGAAGGUGUUGUCCAAUUAGGAGCUGUUAACAAGGUAAUUGAAGACCUGAGUUAUGUAGUUCUACUAAGAAAGAAAUUCAGCUACAUAGAAAGCAUUCCCGGAGUACUCUUGCCCCACCCAUCAUCAUCUGCUUACCCUUUUAAAGUAGAUGGGUAUGGCACGCCAGAAGCAUGGCACUUCCCAGCGACAAUUGCACCACCAACUGAAUUCUAUGACCACUUCAAUCAGCCAAUGAAGAUAACCCCCUCCAUGAGCAGCCUUGAGGCCCUUCUCUCCAAGCUCCCAUCAGUCGUACCGCCGCAAUCUUCCGGGUACUGCGAAUCACAGCCACUGUCAGAGUCACAGUUCUUAUCAUCACAAAGGCCUGUAGAAUACAUUGGGAUGGAGAAAGUGGCCAAAGAAGAAAUCGAUGAAGAGUGUAGGCCUGAACAGGAUAUGGGUGAAAGUAGCAGCUCCAUUUCUGCUUACCGUCGUCAACAGCAUUUUCAUCAUCACCAAGAUCUGAAUGUAACAAGCGGCAGGCCCAACAGUGGAUUUUGAUGUAUGAGAGAUAUAUCACAUAUAGCCUAGUCCUACAAUUAGAUUGUGCAGGGAUCAGCGCAUUGAUUUCUCUAACGUUUCAGUUAGCCAGCUUUUUUGCUUUCUGUCUCAUUGGGUGUUUCUACUAAGUUAAGCUUUAAGUUAGCAGCUUUGUUAGAUAGAUGAUGCAGCUGGCUUUAGCCCUAGAUUCCUAGUAAGUAUAUAAUAUCAUUGAUCUAUAACCUUGCAGCCAUUCAUAUAUAUGAACCUCCAUGUUACAUGAUUGUUAAGUGGA